AUGGAGGCACUAGAAAAUGAGGCACUUAAAAAGACAGAUAGCUUUUUAAGUAAAUUACAAGACCAGUUAGGCAGCGCUUUAAGCGCACUGGCUGUCCCCUUAGAUAGUAUGUUUUCUAAACCAUCAGAAAACACUAAUUCCCUUGUGGACAAUUUGAUGAUUGCUGGAAAAUUAUUUGUUGAUAUGCAUCAUACCAUUUCUCUACACCGGCGGUUCUUAAUUGGACCAAGUUUAAAUCCAGCGUUGAAGAAGAUUGUUGAAGAGUCUAAAAUAGAUUCCCUGUUGUAUGGGGAAGACUUCCCGGAAAGGCUGUAG